GCAACCACGGCUGCUGCCAUGGCAGGAAGAUCGAAGCGACCAACAUUUUGUUCGUUGCCGGCGCACACGGCGGCGCACAGCUGAUUUCUGUCAAAACGGCUGAGGACGAAAUGGAAAGUGGAACUAGAGCCAAGAGCAAUAAGAACUUCACAAACCGGCAAUCACUCGCGAAUUGAGGCAAAGGUUUCUAACGUCGCCGAAUGCCACGCUACUUGGCCAAGCGACGACUCGUCCGCCGAGGCGCUCCUCCUCAUUCCGCCAUGGCCUGCCGCACUCUCGAGCUCGACGAGCUGCUCGCGAAAGCGCAAAAUGAGUUCCAACAGCAGUUCGGGGCGCGACCUGACAUUGCCGCCGCCGCCCCUGGCAGGGUCAACCUCAUCGGCGAACACACCGACUACAACGACGGCUUCGUACUGCCCAUGGCCUUGCCGAUGGUGACCGUGGUCGUGGGGAGAAAAACGUCGGACGGGCGAUGCACCGUGGCGACUGCUGUACCUGAGGCGGACGAACCUCGUCGGGUGUCGUUUUCCGUGCCGUCCAAGCAGCCUUUGUUGCCAGGCUCGCCGAAAUGGGCAAAUUACGUGAAAGGCGUGAUUGCGAACUUCCACGCCGCCAGUGCGGUCGAGGGCUUCGAGGCAGUGAUCCUGACCACGGUGCCCUUGGGAGGCGGACUGUCGAGCAGCGCAUCUUUGGAGGUGGCAACUUAUACUUUCCUCGAGGCUUUGACCAACAACCAGAGCAAACAAUUGAAGGACAAAGCUCUCGCUUGCCAGAAAGCGGAGCACGAUUUUGCAGGAGUGCCUUGCGGAAUUAUGGACCAAUUCAUUUCGGUCAUGGGCAAAAAGGGCAACGCUCUUCUCAUCGACUGCAAAUCGCUGGAGGCUGAGCUGGUUCCUCUCGACGACCCAAAAGUCGCAAUUUUGGUGACCAACUCGAAUGUGCACCACAACCUGGGGUCAAGCGAGUACCCUGUGAGGAGGCGGCAGUGCGAGGAGGCGGCCAGGAUUCUCAAGAAACCGAGCCUCCGGGCAACAAAGUUGGAGGAACUGAUGGCCCAGGAAAAAACGAUGGACGAAGUGAUUUUCAAAAGGGCUCUGCAUGUUAUUGGCGAGAUUAGGCGGACCGAACAGGCGGCUUUGGCCCUCCGGGUUGGCGACAACGCCUGGCUUGGCCGACUUAUGAACGAGAGUCACCAGUCGCUGAGGUACGACUAUGAGGUUUCGUGUCCAGAACUUGAUCUGCUGGUGGAUUAUGCAAACGAGGUGGAGGGGGUCUGGGGUUCGAGAAUGACUGGCGGCGGAUUUGGUGGCUGCACCGUCACCCUUGUGAAUCAGGACGCAGUUGACAAAGUGAUCGCCAACAUCAGCAGCAAGUAUCCGGGAAAAGCCACAUUUUACGUGGCAACUCCGAGCGACGGGGCACAAAUCGUGAAAUUAUAAUAGUCGCCGAAUUGUAACAAAAUAAAUAAUAAAUUUGUAUUUAAAACUUGCAACAAACUACACCGUGACUUACUCUACUGCUGCUUGUCCAGGACGACUUUCAGCUCCAUCAUCAAAAAGCUGCGCAUCAUCGGGUCCUUGAUGUUGGCGAUGGCCUCCUGGGCCUUUUUCCCACCGUCCUUGUAACGAAUGGCCAUGAUCUCGGCGUACUCGAUCCAAACGCAAUUGGCACAACCGGACAUGCAGCACGUGGUCGGCUCCUCGGGGUCUUUGGUCGCUGUCACUGGGUCUUCGAUGGGCGUCGGAGGCUUUUCGGUCGAGCAGAGACGGACAUUGGUUGGAACUCGGAUGAGGCUCCGAGGGAAAAUUAAUCGACUCACAGCCUGAAA